CUAAAAUUAUUUUACGUUAUAAACAUAACCAAAUUAUUGCUGUGUAUUAUUUUUACCUAAGUAUCAAUGUCUCCAAAAUAAUAAAAAGUUAAAGAAUUGUGAAAGUGGCUUUCUAGCAAAAUAUAUAGUGAUAGUUGUUUAUGGUUCUCUACAUAAUAUGCCGAGGAAUAUUACAUUAAUUUUAACUAAUUAUUUCGUUGGUAUAGCUAUUAGAUUAUGGCUAUUCUUUAUAGACUACAACACAAUAUUUAUGAACAGAGUAGAAAUAUCAACUCCACUUAAUUCUUGGAGAAGAGUCGUUGAAGCUAAUUAUAUUUCCAAGAUUUCUAAUUCUCCUAAUCCCUAUGAGAGUGACGUUAUUUAUGAACCACCUCUAUAUCAUAUGUUUUAUAUGGUAUUAUCAAAUUUAUUUGGAGAACAAAUAUACUUGAUGUUUAUUAUCGCUGAUAUAUUGACAUCAUACUGUUUAUGUGUUGCUGGCAAGAAGUAUCUGGAAACAUUAUUUAAAAAGGAAAUAAGCAACAUAGAUGAUUACUUGCCCGAUGCUGUUAAUUUCAUAAUUAAAGAGCAAGAAAUAGAAUCAGUUGAUGUCUACAUUGUAGCAGCCUAUAUGUUGAAUCCAUAUAUAAUUUUUAAUUGUGUAGGAUAUACUACUACAGUUUUUCAGAACCUCUAUUUAGGCUUGUUUUUUGUUGGAAUUGUUAAAAAAAAUGUUUUCUUGGCAAGUAUAUCAUUAGCAGCAGCCAUAUCACAAUCCUUUUAUCCAAUAUUGUUGUUGGCGCCUUUAUUUGUUACCUUUAAUGAUAAAAGAUUUAAUGCUACAUUGGUAACAACACUGACUUUAAUAAUAUCAGGUUUAAUCUUAAUUAUUUCAAGUUUUUUAAACCCAAAAUGGUCAUAUCUAAAUCAUAGUUUAAAAUUCAUCUUGUCUGCACCAGAUUUCACCCCAAAUAUUGGUCUGUUUUGGUAUUUCUUUAUUGAAAUGUUUGAACAUUUUCGUACGCUGUUCAUAUAUUCAUUCCAGUUAAAUGUUAUAGCUUUAUAUGUAAUUCCCCUUACAUUGCGUUUUCGUCAAGAUCCUGUAUUACUGACUACUAGUUUACUAGGGAUAAUAACAAUAUUUAAAUCUUAUCCUAGUCUUGGAGAAGUUGGAUUUGUGUUGGCAGUUUUGCCUUUUUGGAAACAUUUACAAUUUUAUAUGCAGCAAGGCUUGCUUACAUCUGUAUCUUUUUUCAUGGUGACACUAUUAGCUCCCACAGUGUGGCAUCUCUGGCUGUAUUCAGGUUCUGCAAAUGCCAACUUUUAUUUCGGAGCUACCUUAGCUUUUGCCACAGCUCAAAUAUUUAUGCUGACUGAUUUGCUUUUUGCUUAUAUAAAACGAGAAUACAUAAUAAAAUACGGUUGUGUGAAGGAAUGUGACGGACAAGAAGCAGUACUUUUAUUAGAAUAAACAGAAGUUUUGUUGUA